CCUUCCCUGAAUAUUCUUGGUUGUGUUUUGUUAUUGCUGCUGCCGCUGCUGCCUGCUGGUGCCAUUGAUGACUCUCUUUCACCAGCAUUGACAGGCCAAAUUCACCAGCCGGAAAAAGGACUCCCCAGUCCUUAUAAUCCUUAUUCCCAUCCCCAUCGCCACCAACUGGCAACAACAACAUCAACUGCUUCGACUAAUCAAACGAUUUCCACCAUUGUUGCCCGCAGUGAAGCAGACGUGUCUACUACUUCCGCCAAUUUCACCCCCUUUGUUAAUUCAACAAACGAUCUUCCUGUUUCUUCAAGCAAACUCUGCCCCUCUCUCUCUACCUCUCACCAGAUCUCUAUCUCUACUUCUCAGAUGCCGUUUAAUAGAUCACUCUUUCCCUCACUCGUUUGACCCUCGUCGUCUCCGCGCCACUCUCUCUCUCUUUCCCGCCGCGUUCCUCUGUCUCACCGCUCUUUUGUUUGGAUUGCUGGCAGUGUACGGAUCACAAACAUGGUGGCCGUGUCGGGGCCGGUUACGCCUGGGCAGGUGUCCUUUUUGCUUGGUUUUAUCCCAAUCUUUACUGCAUGGAUAUACUCAGAGUUCCUGGAGUACAAGAAGUCUUCUGCUCCUGCCAAAGUUCAUUCAGACAACAACCUUGAUGAAUUGGGGAAGGAUGCUGUCAAAGAAGACGAGCGAGCAGUAUUGUUGGAAGGAGGUCUUGCAAGAUCAGCAUCGACGAAAUUCCAUGUUUCAUCUAUCAAAAUGAAUUUAAUCAGGUUCUUGACCAUGGAUGAUGCUUUCUUGCUGGAAAACAGAGCAACUUUGAGAGCAAUGUCUGAAUUUGGGGCACUUUUAGUGUAUUUUUACAUAUGUGAUCGCACAAAUUUGCUGGCAGAUUCUACUAAGACAUACAACCGCGACCUCUUUAUCUUUCUCUACAUUAUCCUCAUUAUAGUAUCAGCGAUGACUUCUUUUAAGAAGCAUAGUGACAAGUCAGCAUUCUCCGGGAAAUCCAUUAUGUACUUGAACAGGCAUCAGACUGAGGAGUGGAAAGGAUGGAUGCAGGUCCUAUUCUUAAUGUAUCAUUACUUCGCCGCGGCAGAGAUAUACAAUGCAAUACGAGUCUUCAUUGCUGCUUAUGUCUGGAUGACUGGGUUUGGAAACUUCUCUUACUAUUACAUCAGAAAAGAUUUCAGCAUAGCACGCUUUGCUCAGAUGAUGUGGCGGCUUAAUUUCUUUGUGGUGUUCUGCUGUGUUGUUCUUAACAAUGACUACAUGUUGUACUACAUCUGCCCAAUGCAUACACUUUUCACUUUAAUGGUGUACGGAUCCCUGGGUAUCUUUAACAAGUACAACGAAAACAGUUCGGUGAUGGCAGUGAAAUUUCUUUCCUGCUUCCUUGCUGUAAUUUUCAUCUGGGAAAUCCCUGGGGUUUUUGAAAUCCUAUGGAGUCCUUUAACAUUUAUGUUAGGGUACACUGAUCCUGCAAAACCUGAUUUCCCUAGAAUCCAUGAAUGGCAUUUCAGAUCUGGACUUGAUCGAUACAUAUGGAUCAUUGGAAUGAUAUAUGCUUAUUAUCACCCGACCGUUGAGAAAUGGAUGGAGAAAUUGGAAGAAGCUGAAACAAAGAAGAAACUCUCAAUCAAGACGGGAGUAGUGGCAGUUACUGUAUUUGUGGGAUAUAUGUGGUAUGAAUAUAUUUACAAGAUGGACAAGGUAACCUACAACAAGUUCCACCCAUACACAUCAUGGAUUCCCAUCACUGUAUACAUUUCCCUGAGGAAUUUCACUCACCAGCUCCGGGGUUGCUCUUUAACUCUCUUUGCCUGGCUUGGGAAGAUAACUUUGGAAACAUAUAUCUCACAGUUCCAUAUCUGGUUGAGAUCCAACAUGCCCAAUGGACAGCCUAAGUGGCUUUUAUCAUUCAUCCCAGGAUACCCAUUGUUGAAUUUCAUGCUCACAACUGCCAUUUACGUCCUGGUUUCCCAUCGGCUUUUUGACUUAACAAACACAUUGAAGUCAGUUUUCGUCCCAACGAAAGAUAACCGACGGCUUUUCUACAAUGUUAUCGCUGGAGCUGCAAUUUCUUUGUUUUUGUACUGUUUCUCACUUAUUCUUCUUCAGAUCCCUCAUUCACCUGCCUAAGCAAGGGAAGAAAAGGGGUGAAAGUAUAGAGAGGUGUUUCUUUGUUGAACAUACACAGAGUAUAGAUGGUCUGGAAAUAAGGAAAACUCAGAAAAUUACUUUUGCUUCGCGGAUCCAUUUCAGAGGACAAAGGGGAUAAAGAUGAAAGCAUAUUCUUUACGACGAACUUUGGGGAGAAGAAGAGGAAACCCUUCUAUUUUCCUAACAGUGUUUGAAGUUGGAGCUGAGGAUUGUGCUCAAAAUUCUGAAGACUGGCUUAGUGGCGUUACUGGCUCGAGACGAGACAAGAUGGAGAUUCUCUUCCUUACUUUUUUCCUUUAGAUCCCCAAUUUUAUGCAGAAAUUAUUGAAAUAGGUUUAGGAAAAUCCAGAUUACCUUGUUUGUCAUUAACCCGCAACACACAUGUACUCAAAAUUAUUCAAUACAAUUUCGAAAAUUUUAUAGAAAGUCAUAUUUAGUGAUAUGAGGAUGAUAGUGUCCAUGUUACACUUUGCUGCAAACAAAACCCUAUUACAGACUACAGAAUGUCAUCUGACAAAGCACCCAGUCAGCUACAAGCCAGCUGUGAUCACCAGAGUCGGCAUCUUCAAUUAGCAUUAACAUUAGUUCAUAAUUCUAAGUUUUUUACAUGUUCUUCCAAUUGUUCUUUCUAUAGUACUUUAUCUUACAAUCAGAGCCACCACAAUCAGAGCCACCAGUGGAG